UCUCCCUCACACAGGGACAUGCGAGCAUAACGUGACGCCUGUGUCUCCAGAGUUCACGAAGCAAAGUGCAAAGUGAUGGUUCACAGUAAAUAUGAAUCUGUACUAAGCCAUAUCUUCUACCGUGAUCAUGUUUUCAUCCAUCCAGGGGAGGGAGGGCUGACUACGAAGCAAAGCGGGGGGAGAGGCAGACAGGGCCUGGUCGCCACAUCCUUUUCAUGCGAAGAAUCGGAACUGCAGAAACAGCCAUUUUUGGUUUCCCAAAACAGCUCAGGCCCGGGCCUCAGUCCGCGGUCUAGAGUUUGACUACGGGCUGCUCCAAACGGAGGUAUCUUGGUGUGAAGUUAUCGUCUCGUCCCAUCCACCAUCAUGGGAGACAGCAGAGAUUCCCGCAGCCCGGACAGUUCGUCUGUGUCCUCCCCUCCCUCGGGCCAGCGUUCCCCUCCCCUGGUGCCCUCAGCCGCCUCCAUGACCUCUCUACCUCCCAUCACCAGUGCAGGAGUCAACAGCCCCAUCAGCAGCAUCGGCUCCCCCUUCUCUGUUAUCAGCUCCUCUCUGGGCUCCCCCUGCCUCCCUGGAACACCCUCAGUGGGCUAUGGACCCAUUAGCAGCCCACAGAUCAACUCCACAGUGUCCAUGUCAGGGCUCCAUGCAGUCAGCAGCUCAGAUGAUGUGAAACCUCCUUUAGGAUUGAAGCAGCUGUCCGCUCACAGUCCUGGUCCAAUGCUGUCCCAGAAACGCCUGUGCUCUAUCUGCGGAGACAGAUCCUCUGGUAAGCACUAUGGAGUCUACAGCUGUGAAGGUUGUAAAGGUUUUUUCAAGCGGACGGUGCGCAAGGACUUGACCUACACUUGCCGGGACAAUAAAGACUGUAUGGUGGACAAAAGACAGAGGAAUCGCUGCCAGUACUGUCGCUAUCAGAAGUGCUUGGCCAUGGGCAUGAAGAGAGAAGUGGCCGAGAUGAACGUCAGAUCUGUCCAAGAGGAGAGGCAGAGGAACAAGGAGAAGGAGGGAGAGGUGGAGUCGACCAGUGCAGUGAAUGAGGAGAUGCCCGUGGAGAAGAUUUUGGAGGCAGAGAUGGCUGUAGAGCAGAAGACAGAGCUCCAUGCAGACGGCAGCUCAGGAGGCAGCUCACCCAAUGACCCUGUUACCAACAUCUGUCAGGCAGCAGAUAAGCAGCUUUUCACUUUGGUGGAGUGGGCCAAGAGGAUUCCCCAUUUUUCUGAGCUUCCCCUGGAUGACCAAGUCAUUCUACUCCGUGCAGGUUGGAAUGAGCUCCUGAUUGCGUCCUUCUCUCAUCGCUCCAUCUCAGUGAAAGAUGGGAUUUUACUGGCCACCGGGCUGCACGUGCACAGAAACAGUGCUCACAGUGCAGGAGUCGGAGCCAUCUUUGACAGGCCGCACAAUGCUGAGGUUGGGGCCAUAUUUGAAAGAGUUUUGACUGAGCUCGUGAGUAAGAUGAGAGACAUGCAAAUGGACAAGACGGAACUGGGUUGCCUUCGAGCCAUUAUACUUUUCAAUCCGGAUGCCAAGGGUUUGUCAAAUCCGAGUGAGGUGGAGCUACUAAGAGAGCGGGUGUACGCAUCUCUAGAGGCUUACUGCAAACAUAAGUAUCCUGACCAGCAGGGCAGGUUUGCAAAGCUGCUCCUCCGGCUUCCAGCACUACGCUCCAUCGGCCUGAAGUGCCUGGAGCAUUUGUUCUUCUUCAAACUCAUUGGGGACACGCCUAUUGACACUUUCCUGAUGGAGAUGCUGGAGGCCCCUCACCAGCUCACCUAGAGGUCCCAGGUUUGGUCCAGUCGUCCGGAUUUGAUUCAGACCAGGAUUCAGACCAGCAUCCAUCACAUAGUGUUGGCUGCUAGCUGCCUCUGUAGGGCUUUUACUUUGAAACCACACAAAACACAACUCUCACUGGACAAAUAUUCAGACACACGCACUAAUAACAGCAGGUCCACACUUCACUAAACUGAUAGAGUAACACAAAUGUACACUUAGUAACUCAAACUAAUACCCCCUCACUCCCUCGGUGUAGUCUUCAGGAUAAAUCUUUCAUCUUCAGAAAUGUCUUAAUUUUCAACCUACACGUUCUAGUCCACUGUGGGAUUUGCAUCUGCAUAGCUAAUAUACUUACCCUUUUUUACAUGGAUCGGUUACAGUGAUACAUGCACCUUUUUAUAGUAUGCCCCUAGUUAUUUAAUUAAAAUAAUUUAUAUUGCAUUUCAAUAAAUUUUUCACCAUAAAACUGGCACAGAAAACUGCAUAUUCAGUGGUGUGUCCUGUAAUGUCAAACAAACACACCUCAGUGAAUUCAUUCAAUUUGGUAUUUUAAUAUUUUGUGCAUUUUAAAUAUGAUAUUGAAACUUGUCUGAGUUUCUAUUUUGAAGUACUGUACUCAUGAAAUGAGAGCUUUUUUCAAGGCAUUGAUAUCCAGGAACAGUGGGCUGGGAACACAAUCUUGAAUAGACUGGUUGCGUCCCUCCCACCCUGAUGCGCACAGCGGCUUUGUAAGGCAAGAAGAAUGACUUGAAUCAUUUUGUUUUAUUUUUUAUUUGUUAUUGAUCCUCUUCCUUCUUUGGCAUUUUAAACCAUGUGAGGCUGACAAGAAGUACACCUCAUGCCCAUAUAAUCCCUGCUCCUCUAAAUUUCCCCUUUGCUGGUGGUCAUUAUGCACUUUUGUGAAUUGUAUCUGUGUAAAUGUUCCUGUUUCCCAACAAAUGACCCUCUUUAUAACUUUGAUGGUAAUAUGUGUAGGGCCUUCUAAUGGAUGCAUCCUAGGAUUUUACAGUGGCCACAAUUUUUAACAGAAAACCAAUCUUCUUAUUCUUUCAAAGAUGUAGCCUUCCAAAAAUGACAACCUUAAGAAAAGAUUGCACAUUUAAUAUAACUUGGUCAGCAAUAAAAAAUAAAUACAUUUUAAUGUAGUAAGUGUGGCUUAAAAGCAAUGAAUGCUACUAAUUGAAAAUCCUACACGUAUUACCUACAACAUAUAUUCCCUCUGUACUGUUUCAGUGCUCGCAAUGUACAGUCAUUGUAAAUAAUUACAAAAUCACCAGAAUCAUGUGAAAACAAAGGUCUGUCCACAAUCACAUUGUUAUAAAAGAAACUGAUGGGUCAAACCACAAAUUUAAACAGUUUUUACUGAACUCCCAUGUGACUGAGCCCAGGGCCAAACCACGUCUCAUUGCUACAUUUGCACCAACACAGGUCAAUUUUCCCUUUUGGUAGGUUUGUUUUUUUAACUGCUCAGCUAGACAUGUUUUGACGAUAGCACUUAAAAUUUACUGAAAAAUAGCAUGAAGAUUGUGUGAUAUCCAUUCUAAAGUUGUGUGAUAGUCAUUCUACAGUUGGAUAUCAACAUUUCAGAUUUUGUCCAGUUAAGUAUUUACUAUAAACCAUGUCCAAACAGGUACUCUGGUGGAGUGCCACCUGCUUGUCUUUGUGGAGAUAAAAUUGCUUGGUCUGGAUUGUGCCACUUUUUGGCAGUAAACUUAUCUAUUCUGCAUUUAUUCAUUUAUAGGUGUUUAAUUGGUCACCUUCACCUAGUGGUGUCACUUGUUUGUCUCCAUGGAGAGAGAUAUGAUUAAUGCCAUAUUGUGGAACAUUCCAGGCAAGGCAAUAACAUCUCUCCAUGGUGACAUGCAGGUGGCUGACAUGGCAAGGUUGCUGACAUCCUUCACCAGAGGAAUUACAUAGAGAUAGAAAUUGUGUUUAAUUUCUGUACAUUCAAACAGGUACACGUCUUUUAAACGUGUAGGUAUCGUAGUUUAUUUCAGCCCCAUUGGUAGUUCCAACAUUGAAUAAGAGUGUUGCACAUCUUUUACAUAGUCAUUCUACAAUUGAGAGGUACAUAUGUCUCUCUUUCAGGUGCUAAAGCAAAAGUGCACAUUUACAUCAAUGCAAAAACAAUAUGCAACUCUUCAGACAAAUCAUCAGUCAUUUUACCUUUUCUCAAAAUGUAGAUUUCAUUGAGUAUGUGUGGUUUUGAUCCCUGUCUCUCCUAUGUACUUUCCUAACACCAGCGAAGUGCUUGUGUAUUAUUUAAAUCUUUUAUUCUUCCAGAUUUUAAUAUUUUGUAUUGGGGAAAAAGGCAAUUGGCAGAUUAAAGAUUUUUGAUAAGACGAUGAGCUUCCUACAGAAUAGUCAAAUAGAUUAUUUGAUGAGAUAUUAAUUAAGAAUGAUGCCAUCAAACUAAAGAUAUGUUAUUUAGUUGAGACCCAGAUUGUGAAAAUAUUUUCCAAAUUAACAAAAUCACAUUAUUUAAAGUUUUUGACAUUUGAUACUUGAGUACUGGAACACUCAGCUGGAUUUCACAGUCUUAUAACAGGAUUAAGCUGUUUUACACACUUGCAGUCAUAGGGUUGGCACUUGCUUGUUUGCUUUGAUAGCUACAGCCAUUUGGGAUUUUUAAAGGUGCACUACGUACAUUUUCUGGUGGAGAAUCUGCCACUCUGCUUGUCUCCAUGGAGCGAUUAUUGCUUUGCUUUGAAUGUUACACAAUAUGGUAUUAAACUCAAUUACAGGCAUUUGUGUUGCUAAUGAAAAUACAUAAAAACAUGCAUUCUUGCUGUGAGCAGGCUUGCCAAUGAUGGAGUCAGGUGGCAGACCCUCCUCAAGAAAAGUUAUGUAGAGCACCUUUAAAGACGUUUGGCAAGUCAACAUGCUGCCUGAUGAGCUCAGAAUAGUAGUUUGAUUGCAUGCUUUUGUGAAGAACAUAACCCGAUUUGUUGACUGCUCAGAAUCUCUGUUGCCAGUUUUAGAGCUUCUUCUGUUGUUUUAAUGGGACUGGUGCAUUAUCUUUAAUGUGGGAGGGCAAUUAAAACAGGCCUAGAAGCAACUACCAAAUCUCAUGGUAUGCACAGAAUUUUCUAAGUGUAUUAUUUGCCAGUCGAACUGUAAACUUACCCCUUCACUGUUGCUUCCAGGUUUUGCUAAGCCUCUCUUGUAUUUAUUUAGCAUUUGCUCAGAGCUCGGCCCGUGUCAGUAAAAGGUACAGAAGCAGAAAAGUUACACAGUUGUUUGAGGUUUUGUACACCACUUUAGUGAGUGGAUGAUUAGAAAGGGCUCAUGGUAUUUUAUUGUAGUUUGUGUAGUGCGUAGUCUGUCUAUAGCUGCUCUUUACUGUGGCUGUGAUUGGCAAAAGGUUUGGCCGUUCUGUUCUGAUCGGUAGAAUUUCUUAAAUCCAGAACGAAUGCACAGAGGAAUAAGAGCCAGCCUAUAGUGGAGUUUGUAUUUUGGAUGUUAUCUGCAGCCUACUAUCUACUUAGGCGCAAUCUCAGCAGCUUUACCCUCACUUUAACUUUUUGGCUUAUUGACCUGGCUGAGAGGAAAUUAACACAAAGAAUAAGCCUAUAACUCUUGUACUGUUUGAAUCAAGGGACAUUGUCUCUUAUGGCUUCACUUGAAGGCCGAGCCCAACAUUUUGGUUGCCGGUGGCGACAGUUGGAUUGCUCAUUGAUGCCUCAAAAUGUUUGUUGUUGCGAUUGUGUGCACUCAAGGCAGACACAUGCUGUGACCUUCGACUGCGGAGCAGUAUGCCGUUAGCCUCUUUGUUACAUUUUGAAUAUUCUUGUUUUUGAGCGUUUAGAUUAAACAAAUGCUAUUUUAUAAAGGAUCGCAGCCUGUGAAUAAUUGCUCACCUUAAAUGUUACAAAAUCACCUGGUUCUCUGCUGAACAUUCAAAGGCCUCAAAAACAUUAUCUCCACUGGUUUAUUCAUCACUGCCAAAAUGUUUAUUCAAAUGGCCUUUUCAAGCAGCCACUGAAACUCCAGUACUUUGGCACGUGUGUUAUUAUUGUACUGCACAUCAUUUCUGAGUGUGCAGUGCAUAGGCUGUAUGGUGCAGUGGUGAAAAGGUGCCCUAACAUGAUCGGACUAACAGACGAUUGAAGGCUGGGUGUAGGAUGACCCCCUGUGUGACCCCUCAGUCAAGACGCUGUGCAGUUAUGGUCUUUAUGGGUCUAAAAAUCUUGAUAAUCGUUCUAUUAGAAACACAGAGAAGGCGCCAUGGAGAAGGUCUGGAGGUGGAUCUGGCUAAGUGCUUUAAUUUGGUGUUUGCUGUUGACUGGGUGGGUUCAGUGACAGCUCUGCAGCACAGUGUCCUUUGGUGACCCCUGUUGGACAGUGGAGUGAUUCAAAAUAAAGAGUGCCACCAUCUGUUAAAGACUGGUCUUUUUAAGGAUGAGACUGAUGCUGAAGUUGGAGGUUUUUUAGAAACUGUAAAAAAACUGGUUGGGUUUUACUCUGAUUAGUUUAAGGAGAAAAAUGAAAAAGUAGAUCGUGAUUCUUCCUUAAAUGUUUACUUUGCGGUAAAUAAAUUCACACUGUUUUCUAUGUGUCUUGUUUCCUGUCUACUCCGACUAUUCUAUUUAUCUUUUGUUUAUUACAAAGUAUUAAACAAAUACAAAGCUGUAAAAUCAGAAUUGACUCUUGUCUCUUGUCUCUGUUGUCUUUUUGUUCCUGUCUGUCCUUUGUCCUAUUUGUAUUCUCCAUAAAACACAUGGAGCUGAUUGUUUUCUGCUCUGGGGGAUUGAGAGAAGAAAAUUAUCAAUCAUUUUUCAGUCAUUAAAUCUAAAUCUUGCCUCUGUUUGUUGUAUUAUGUCUGAGUAAAGGUUUUAAUACUGUA